AUGCCUAUUCAAACAUUAGCUCAACAAUUCAAGGAGUCGUUAGAAAGGCAUAAACAAGAUCCGGGUCGCUCAGAGACGCCAGUAUCGUUGUACGACAAACGAAGGAACUUCUCAUACAAUGCCAAGUAUAACAGGGUACCACCCAAUGCACAAGGAAGGAAGUUGUAUCAGGAGAUGCAAGCUAAGAGGGAGAAGGAAAGGGGUGUUAAGGAGCAGACUAUCAAAGAGAAGUUCGGGAUCAGUAUGAAAGAUGUUGAAAGUACGAAGAAGAAUGAUAUCUGGAAUAAGGAUUAUGUGCAGAGGAGACCUACUACGUUAUCUUCCCAAGCUACUAGACAUACUCCAUCCUGGCUCAAAUUGGCGGCCGAAAAGAGCGAUGUGACAGGCUUGAUGGCUGCCUACGCAAGAAGACAUGAAGUUGAAUCGUCUAAGCCCCAGGAAGAUAACUAUAUAAGUGAAGCUCGUAGGAGAGGUGAUUCCUUCCAUGGCUUACCACCUGCACCGACUCCAAGUCCUUUACCACAACAAUCCCCGUAUCACCAGUAUCAGGAAAAUAACAUUGGAUACGGAGCUUCUAACCAAACUCGAAUCGACGUCCAUCAAGGACAGCCAAAUAUUCUGCUUCACCCACCUCAGGCUUAUCAGCAGCACCAAUAUCCGGAAAACCAACAGCUCCUUCAUGUUCAUCAACCGAAAGCUCAUCCUACACUAUCUCAGCACGAUCCUGAUCUUACCCAACAAAACUCCUUCUCGUUUCAACAUCAAUAUCCCCUUUACAACAAUGAACUCGUCUCGAAUGAUCAACGGUACUAUAUCGACCAAGGCACCGCUCGAUAUCCCGCUCUUCCUUCGAUUUCUCCUCAUUCUGGUACAGCGUCGAAUAUUCUUCCUCAGUCCUGGCAGAACGGGGAAAAUAAAACCCUUCACUCCACUGAGUCCAUCAGCUCUUUACAGCCAUUCGAUGGCUAUACCCCAGAUGCCACGUCGACCCCUCAACGCGACAAUAGAUUCUUGAAGGCACCACACUAUCCUUCUUCCGGAUCGACACAUAGCCAACAACCGUUCUAUCCAGAAUCUGGAGGCUCUGCACUGGAUCGUCGUCAUGGUGCGAUUCAUUCUAUACCUGAUCCUCUUUACAAAGCACAGCAAUAUCCCACCACAUCAAUGAACAUUCCGCAACAUAAUCCAAUGUCCAAUCAAGAGCAAUAUUCGCAGACAUCAUCCACCCAGCAGUCUCGCAAUCCGCGACCAGACCGAACGGUUCUACUCAACGACAACCCAUACUACCAGGCCUCUAUCCUUACAUCGAAGAAUGGCGAGCAUCAGGUCAGAUUUAGAUCUACACCCGAAGUUUUCUUCUUACCUCCCCAAUCACAUGCAGAUCUUCCCGGCAACUUACAAGAUGGAUCAGGUAUGACGCCAAUUCCAAGUCAGCAGGUGCGACAGACCUAUCAAGAUAUCCACUCUCGUCAUUCAAUUCCACUUCCUCAUCCUCAGCCGAGUCCUGGGUGGACCGACAACACUGCGACAAGUUGGUAUCAACCAGUAUCGGGUCCACUUCCUGUUCACGAACAAGCUGCCAACAUCGACUCUGCUCCGCCUGCUGGACUACAACAGGCUCAUGAGGAAAUCGUCAAGCUCAGAAAGGCGAAAAGGCAAAAGAAGUCAUCUCAGUCCGGCAAAGCUCAGAGACUGAGUGCAAAAGUCGUGAACGAUCUGGAGAGAAUAGCAGAUGAAACAGUCGAUGAGCUCGAUCUCCUUAGACGUGAUAUGCUGAGUCUGGACGAUCAGCCUCAAGGUGUCAUUUCGAUGGCUUCCGAUCAUACCCAUCUAUCGGCUCAUCCUUCAUCCCCUCGAGAAAGAUGCCUUCAUCGAUCUUCUCGCACACAGAACCAUGGGUGGCGCCCAAACACCUACCACCCUCCCCAUUCCCACCAUGAUGAAUACUACACUGACGAUACCGAGACGGGUACAGAUGGUGAUAGCUAUACUUCUGACAACUUUCUAUCAUCAAUGGAAGAUGAUGAUGCUUAUAUCCCUUCUGCCCAUUCUCACGGAUCUCGAGGAUAUUCCCGUUCUCACCAUUCUGACUCCUCCAGUCACUCGCAAAGGACGAAAAGAAGUUCCAAAAGAAGACGAACAACGUCAAAAUACCACAGGAGAAAAUAUGGAUCUCAACGACGUAAACGACCUAGAUAUACCCAUUCUCCUUCUGGAAGGUACGAGAGGUUCGAAGAUACUACUGAAGAUAGCACGGAUACUUCUGACCAGACUCAUGAGAGGUAUGAUCCUGAUGUUGAUAUUGAUAUUGACGAAGAUAUGGAAGUAGAUCAUCCACUUCCACAAAGACAGAAAGUACCUAAACCUGUUAAACCGCUUUCUGCUAUUGCUAAUACCGUUCGACUACCUCAUACUACUAAAUCCUCCAAGCCAAAACCUACUACAAGACGUCAGGCAAAUGUGAUUACUCAGGUUAGGAAGGCUCAGGUGCCCAUUACUAACGCAACAAGAAGAAAGAGAAACAUCAGGAUACCAUCACCUGCGCAAACAGUUUUAGGCGAAGAUAUCGAAGAGUUUUCUGACGACCAAGAUGAAGAACAAGAUGAUGACGAAGUAAUCCAAGAUGAUACCGAUGAGAUACAAACUAAUAAAGUGAAAGCUAGAGGUAGAUGGUUGAGAGAUUAUGAGGAACGAGAUAGGUUAUCCACGGUCGAAGAGGAGAACGAAGAGCAGGAGGAUAAGACUGAGGCACAUGGUGGUGAUAGUCAUAGGGAGCAUGAUGGUGUUCAACUCGAUGAGAGGACUGAAGAAGAUAAGUUCUGGGGAGAAGGAGGUGAUUUAGGGUUUAAGAUCUGGAGAGAUGGUUAUUGA